AGGGGAGCAUUGUGUGGUGACGCUCUGGUGAGUCUGUGCCGGGAGAGGGUCCUGAGGUAGCCUCAACAGAGCUGCUGGCUCGCAGCUUCAUUGCACGUUCAUUCUGGAUGCAGCUCAUGCCAAGCAAUUGGAGUCUGAUGCCGUCUCUAAUCUUGCCUUCUUUUAACGAACUGUCUUCUUUGACAGAUUCAGCGACACCUUUCCUCCUUCGCUUUCCUGCUGCCCUGUCAAAGAAAUAUAGAGGACUGCUCUUUGCUCUUUGAAAGACAAGGAUUUCUGUCUGCUCGGUGAGAAACUGAUGUUUUCCUUUUAUUUUUUAGAGCUGUAUGGGCAGCAUCCCAGAACAGACGGUAAUCUAAACAGCAUUUGAGCUGUUUCAUGCGUUGGGGGUGCCCCUGUGCAGCAUGAGUAGUUUGAGGCUGAAGAGGAAUCCCAGCCCCAGGAUUUACGACUAAUUAAAAAACAGCUUAACGUGUAUAAAGUUGCUGGCCCUUCUAAUAACCUCAAGUCUGACAAUAGGAGCCAGGGAGACUGCUGGCAACACCCCCACUGCAAUAGCAAUGACUCAGAGGCUCGGGAGUUACCUGGUGAUGGGUCGAAGAAGAACAAACAAAAAAUGAAGAAAAUGCCAAAGGCAAAGCAGUCUUCCUUUCAGGAAAGCGGCCCCUCACAGCGCUUGAGGACAGCUCAUUCUGAGCCUUACUAUUUCCUUGAUCUGAACAGGAGAUUUACUGUUUUAAUUUGAUCAGUAAUAAAGUGAACCAUGUAAAUCAGAAUGCAUUGACUGAGUUACAGAAGAUCUUGUCACUUUGGGUGUCAAAUCAGAAAAAAAAAAAAAAAACUUGCAUCAAGUUGUCUAGCGAUACAGAUGUUGGAGGUCCUUGGAGAUUUUCACAAGCAGAUUUUAUCGAAUUUUUAUUAUUGGUAUUUAUUUAUUUUUUACUGCUUGAGGUCAAGAAGCCCAUUUACAAAUGAAAAAUAUAUGAAGCAAGGGGAUCUUUUAAAAGAGGUUUGAAAAAGCUAACAGGACUUUUAUUUAGCAUCAUCUUUCUACAUGGGACAGGCAUACAAAGGUAUUCCGGCUCUUUCCUUGGCAGCAGCUAUGCAGAGCUAAGUGAGUGUGGAGGAUGACGGCAGUGUACAUGAAUGGGGGGACUCUGGGGAGUCAGCGUUACGCCCGGUGGAGCCGGCAGGACAGUGCCGAGGACUAUCCCUGCGCCGAGCACUACACUGAGGAGGAGGACGGCAGGCAGCGGCGGCUGACUCCCUUUGAGAAACUGACCUUGGACAUGUCCCAAGAUGAGAAGGUGGUGAAAGAGCUCACCCUGGGCAAGAGAAUUGGCUUCUACCGGGUCCGAGGAGAGAUUGGGAGCGGCAAUUUCUCCAACGUCAAGCUGGGCAUCCACUCCCUCACUAAAGAAAAGGUAGCAAUUAAAAUCCUGGACAAGACGAAGCUGGACCAGAAGACGCAACGUCUGCUGUCGAGAGAGAUCUCCAGCAUGGAGAUGCUGCACCACCCCAAUGUGAUCCGGCUGUACGAGGUUGUGGAGACCCUGUCCAAGCUGCACCUUGUCAUGGAGUAUGCAGGAGGAGGGGAGCUCUUUACCAAGAUCAGCACAGAGGGGAGGCUCUCCGACACAGACAGCAGAAUCGUCUUCUCUCAAAUCCUCUCUGCGGUCAAACACAUGCACGAUAGCAGCAUAAUUCACAGAGACCUGAAAGCAGAAAAUGUGUUUUAUACCUACAACAUGUGCGUGAAGGUGGGUGACUUCGGCUUCAGUACCAUCAGCAAGAAGGAAGAGACCCUCAACACGUUCUGCGGCUCUCCGCCUUACGCAGCCCCUGAACUGUUCAGAGACGAGAACUACGUGGGCGUCUUCGUGGACGUCUGGGCGCUGGGCAUCUUGCUUUUCUUCAUGGUGACUGGCACCAUGCCUUUCAGAGCAGACACUGUAGCUAAGCUGAAGAAGUGCAUUCUGGACGGCACUUAUACCAUCCCCCCUUUUAUCUUAGAGCCCUGCCAGAGACUGAUUCGAGGCAUCCUGCAGCCUGUGCCUGCCAACCGCUACACUAUAGACCACAUCAUGACCAGCGAGUGGCUUCACUCCGUCCAGUUUCCCAAAGCUAUGGAGCCUUUCAAACUGGACCCCAUGUAUCUGGCUGAACCAUGUGACCUGAAGGAAGAGGAGGUGGAAGUUAAAGUGGCUUUGGAGAAUCUGGGCAUCACAGAGGAGCACAUUAGGAACAACCAGGGGAAGGACUCGCGCAGCUCCAUCACUGGAGUUUACCGCAUCAUCCUGCACCGUGUGCAGAAGAGACUGGCAAGCGACAGCGUGCCCAUUAUCACACAGCUGGAACUCAAAGACUCCAAGAAAGAGAGGCCAAAGCCUUAUCGUGAGAUCAGGUACACAUCCAAACUCUGUUCAAUUUUAUAAAUUGAGAAGAUGUCAUUGUCUUAAUCCUACAGAUUUUGUACUGAAAAUAGAAUGUUUGUUUAUUUGCCCCACAAUGUUUGUGUUACAUUUUUAUAAGGUUAAAAUAAUAAAUUGCAUCUCUUAAUUAAACUAAAAAUCUUUUUAGUUCAAGUCUUGAAUGCUCCAGUCAUCACUUUUGAGAUGGUUUCUUAUAUACAAAAGCACCUAACCCAGCACCAACUACUAUUGUCUAUCAGAUCUGCUGUUUUACCACAGACCGAGAAAUCAGCAACGUGGUAGGGAUGGGACUUUUGUUACGACACUCAAAUCACAUGGCUCAGUUAAUUCACAUUGGUGCAGUACAUUGUAGUACCCACCCCUUCCUUAUUAUAAAACCAGUUUUACAUUUUCCCUUCAUGCUAUGAUAAUAUGCAAAUGAGGAAGAGUAUUUGGAUGAGUGUGUCAUGAAAAUACUCCAGUUAAAAGGCUGUAUGUGAAUAGUUUAGAUUUUAUCAUGAGAAUGAGCAAAAUAAAUUGUCAGGUUGUAUCAAUGGGGCAAAAACAAGUGAAAAAUGACCUAUUAAAGCUUAUCUUAACAAUUUUAAUGGCUGUUAACUAAAGAAAAGUUUGUGUUGCUUACCAGUUCUCCAAAAAUCUGUCUUUCAUUUAAAUGUAUUUCAGUAAGCCAAUUUUCCACAUAAGACAUCCAUCCUUUAUUGUUAAGAAGGACAAGCAACCUACUUUAUUAUGAGAAAAUAAGACUUAC